CCCUUUCAAGUUAGAAAAAAAAAAGAAUAAUUAAAGAAGAAAAACGGGGAGAUGGUGGUUUCCUUUCCUUUCUCCAUGGCGAAUAUGAAAAUGGAAGGAGUGGUGGUCAGAGGACCAAUCGAAUUUAUAUAAAAUGGGGGGUUUUCUUUCUUUUUUUGGCCAAAAAAAGCGAGAAAAGAACAGGGGGGACAGGGGAAGGGACAGAGUGUAUGUGUGUGUGUGUGUUUCUCUGUGUUUUGUGCUCUUUGUGUUUGUGAUUGAGCAAUCAAAUGCAUCAACCGGCGGCGGUUGCUGAUGUUCUUGUUAAGAUGGAGGAUUUCGUCUGAACAGCAAGAAGAAGAAGAACAAGAAAUCUUUUUGGGGUACAGAGUUGGUGGGGUGGGUUCUUGUUUGGUUGCUGAUUUUUGCAGAUGUUCUAAAGAGGAGUCUUGGAUGGAUUUUCCGGAGGCGACCAAAAUCGUGUACGAUAGGAUCCAGAAGCCAGAACCAGAGAAUGUGUCCAAGAUCAUCGGGUACGUGCUCCUGCAGGACAAUGGGGAGCGCGAGAUGAUCAGGCUCGCUUGUGGACCCGACAGCUCCAUCCAUUCCCUGAUCGCAGAAGCAAAAUCUGAGCUCGGGCUCGCUAAUCCCAUGAAUGUCGCGGCGGUUGUAUCGGCUCCGUAUCAGUUCCCUCCCUACUCCCCGGGCUCAAACCUCCGGACCAGAAACACGUGCUGGGAUGCUCCGGGCUUGGACUUUCCCGGAGGCUACUUUUGUCCAAAACCGGCACGGAGAAUAUCCUCAAGCCCUCCACAGUACUCAGUCAAGAUUUGCCAUUACUUCCUGAAAGGGUUCUGCAAACAUGGGCAUAAUUGUAGGUACUUCCAUGGGACCCCGACUAUGGUCGAGAACUUCCCACAACAUGUCAGCCUGUUCCCAAACGAUCCUGGGAUUGAGGAUCACAGGCUCUCUCAUGGAUCACUCGAGAAGCUUGAACUGGAGAUUACGGAGCUCCUCAAAUCUCGAGGCGGUUCACCUGUCUCGAUCGCCUCUUUGCCCAUGUUGUACUACGAAAAGUAUGGGCGGACACUACAGGCUGAAGGUUACCUUACAGAGAGCCAGAGGAAUGGUAAGGCCGGGUUUAGCCUCUCAAAGCUUCUAGCACGACUGAAGAACAGCAUCCGCCUCAUUGAUCGCAGGCCUCACGGGCAGCAUUCGGUUAUUUUAGCCGAAGAUGUCCAAAAGUACUCAGAUUAUGAGCGCAGUGACCCAAGUGGAAUUGGUUCGGCUUCUCGGCAGAUUUAUCUCACAUUUCCUGCAGAGAGUACAUUCACUGAGCAAGACGUAUCAAACUACUUCAACAAAUUUGGGCCAGUACAAGAUGUGAGGAUUCCAAGCCAGCAGAAGAGGAUGUUUGGAUUUGUGACAUUUGUUUUCACGGAAACGGCAAAGCAAAUUCUCUCAAAGGGAAACCCGCAUUUCAUCUGUGGCGCCCGGGUCCUUGUGAAGCCUUACAAGGAGAAGUCGAGGCUCGCUGACAGGAAGUAUGCAGACAAGACACAGAGCAUGAGUUACUACAACCAGCGCCUGAUGGAGGGCGACCCCGAAAUUCAGUCAAUGCCAAGGUUCUCUGACGCAUCAAGAUUCCUCGCAGAUGAUCUGCUCGAAGAAUGUGAGCACGCUCUCGAACUCGAGAGAAGGCGUCUUGCAGAACUUCAAGUCGCACCCAAGUCAUCACCUCAGUACCCCUACUUUGGCUACCCAACGGAAUAUUUUAAUCCAUCAGAAGCUCGUGAGCAGCCGUCGGAGUAUGCAUCAGUCGAUCGUAUCAAUUACCUGUUUGACGUUGUAAAUAACGGCUCGAGCAGCAAGGACAAUGUCUUGAACUGCAAUGACCAGGAUAGCAUCCAAGGAAUCAAUCUUCCCGAGAGCCCAUUUGCAAGCGGCAUCUCGACAGUUACAUAGAAGAGCUUAGACUCGGAUCAAAUAUAGACAGAAAGAGGAAAACAUUAUAGAGCACCGAAGAACAUAACUCGAAGACGGAGACAGAAACGACUACUACUACUAUUGUCCCUGCUACUAAUAACUAUACUACUCCAUCUCGGCUUGAGAAGAUGACUCCUUGCAGUCAAGAAGAUGGUUCAGUUAGAACAGGAAGAAUUACAGAACAGGAAAGCUACUGCCAAUAAUAAUAUAAGUACAUAAACUGGUAUGCAGCUUUUUUUCGAAUUUCCAUUGCUAUUUGGCAUAAAGCUGGAGAGCUUAGUCACUCAAGAGCUUGUGAUGAUCGGUAGAGAAGGAACAUAAUGUAGGCUCGGAUUUAGCCUCAGAAUAGAACGAAAGGAGGAGGAAUUGUGCAUGGUUGAUAGGAGAAACUGCAGAUCUUAGAAACAGAUCAGUUGCCCAAAGUUAUAUUUUCCUUUUUAUUUUAUUUUUCCCCUAGUGUAAAUGCACUUUCUUGGAUCGACCCCUGAGUGAUAAAUAUAUAUAUAUAGACAUGGUUUUUCAGAUCA